UUCAGUGAGAUGGAGCUUCUCUUCGAGAAAUAUUUGACAACCAGCGAUCUCAGUAACCUCAAGAUCCUCAACACUAAUUUCUUUGCUGCCGUUAAGUACUUUAGCUUUGCCACCGUCGUCGUUGGAGCUACUGAACGGAUCCUUUCAGUAGAGGAUGAGGAAGGCAAGCCAUGGCAGUUCGGAUUCUCAGACUUCAACAGCCAACACUACCUCUUAACCAACGGUUGGAGCAACUACGUCAAGGAGAAGCAGCUUGGUGUCGGAGACAUUGUUUUCUUGCAGCGAAUUUUUACAGACAGCAGCAGGCUCUUCAUUGGCUUUAGUAGGCGCAGAGCUGCUCUCGAAGGCACAUCCUCUGAUAAACUCAAGGAAGCUAAAACUCCUCUCCAGCUAAGAAGUCAUGUGCAUAGCGUUACAGAGUUUGACCCUGUUUUAGUGAUUUCUUGUGGUGCAAACCAGGACUCCGAGGAGAGAUACUUCAUCAGCUACAUCUCCACAGAGUUGUGUCUCCGUGGCUUUACCCCUUUGAUAUAUGAUCUAACAAGGGGCACAUUGACUGGGGGUCUGGAGCUGCCACACAGAUCACGGGUUGGUAUUAUUAUUUUCUCCAAGAACUAUGCUUCUUCUAGACAGUGCCAGGAUAAUUUUGUGGCAAUAAUGGACCAUUCUAAAGCAAACAGCCUUGUGCUUCUUCCAGUGUUUUUUAAAGUGAAGGUUACAUACAUUAGAGGCCAAAGUGGCUCGUUUGGAAGAGCAUUCUCACAGCUUGAGAAUUCAGUUCAGGCAUCCCAAGUUCCCACAUUCACCUUCAUCGAUAAAUAUCAGUAUACGAAAGUGGGAGAGGUUAUACUUGCCAAAAAUAUUGUUAGCAAUGUCUGUUUGCUGCUCAGUUCUGAAAAUAACAUGAAACUAAGAGGAAGGCUUCAAAUGAAUAGUAUAUUGUCUUUACUAAAUUGUUCUCAAUCCUCAGCCCCACAUAUUGUUGGACUUUGGGGUAUGGCUGGCAUAGGGAAAACAACCAUCGCUAGAGAAAUUUUCAGAACACAAGCUGAUAGAUAUGACGUCUGCUACUUUCUGCCAGACUUCCAUAUAGCGUGUCAAAUGAGAGGACCGAGUCAUCUGCGUGAUGAAUUCUUCUCAAAAAUCUAUGGGGAAGAAAAGGUUACUGUAGACGCAUGUGAUACAAAACUAGGUUUCCUAAGGGAUAGGUUCCUUAGUAAAAAGGUUCUCGUUGUUCUUGAUGGCGUGAGUAGUGCUAGAGAUGCAGAAUUUUUGGUUGGAGGGUUUGGCUGGUUUUCUGGCGGACAUACCCUCAUCUUAACAUCUAGAAAUAGGCAAGUUCUGGUACAGUGUAACGCUAAAGAGAUUUACGAAAUCCAGAAACUAUCCCAGCCUGAAUCUCUUCACGUAUGCUCACAGUUUGCCGCUGUACAAAAUUGGAAAGAAAGAACGUCGUUGGUCUCUGAGCUGGUGAACUACGCUAGUGGGAUACCACUGGCUCUGCGUGCCUUAGGUUCGUCCUUACAAGAUAACUGUAUUGUCGGUGAGAAGCAACAUCUGAAAACAUUGCGUCAACAUCCUCUAGUUGAGAUUCAGGAUGCAUUUAAAAGAAGUUUUGAUGUACUAGAUGGCAACGAGAAGCACAUAUUUUUGGACCUUGCAUGUUUUUUCCGAGGGGAGAAUAAAGAUUAUGUAGUGAGCAUCCUUGAUGCUUGCGGUUUUUUUACAGAUUUAGGAAUCUAUGGUCUCAUCGAUGAGUCUCUCAUCAGCCUUGUAGGUAACAGAAUAGAAAUGCCCAACAUUUUUCAAGACACGGGUCGAUUUGUUGUUUGUCAAGAAAAUAAUGAGACAGGGAAGCGUAGCAGAUUGUGGGAACCUACUGACAUUGUUGAUGUGCUGACCAACAACUCAGGAACAGAAGCAAUUGAAGGCAUAUUUCUCGAUGCAUCUUGUUUGACAGUUGAGCUGAGUCCUACUUCUUUUGAGAAGAUGUAUAGACUUAGAUUGCUCAAGCUCUACAGUCCAACUUCUAAACACCAUUGCAAUGUAUGUCUACCUCAAGGCCUUUACUCUUUGCCUGAUGAACUACGUCUACUCCACUGGGAACGAUAUCCUCUAGGAUCCUUACCUGGGAACUUCAAUCCUAAAAAUAUUGUAGAACUGAACAUGCCCUAUAGCAACAUGACAAAACUAUGGAAAGGAACAAAGAAUCUUGCGAACCUAAAGAGGAUUAUUUUGAGCCACUCACGACAGUUGAUUAAAUUCCCAAGGCUUUCAAAGGCCAGGAACCUUGAGCAUAUUGAUCUUGAAGGAUGUACGAGUCUGGUUAAAGUUAACUCAUCUAUUCUUUAUCAUCACAAGCUUACUUUCUUGAAUCUGAAAGACUGUUCACAUUUGCAAAUAAUACCUACCACGGUUCAUCUAGAAGCUCUUGAAGUUCUUAAUCUCUCCGGCUGCUCAGAGCUCGAGGACUUUCCGGAUUUUUCACCGAACCUGAAAGAGCUAUAUCUAGCUGGGACUGCCAUUAGAGAAAUGCCAGCGUCAAUUGGGGGUCUCAGUAGACUUGUUACAUUAAAUCUGGAGAACUGUAACAGACUUCAACACUUGCCACCAGAGAUAAGAAACUUGAAAGUUGUGGUCAGCCUUAGCGCCGAACGUCCUGGUUCUUCCAUGGAUCUAUCUAGCGUGGGGGAUACCGCACCACCAUAUAAGAGAUGCCGAUUGAAGAGAGUUAUUGAAUCUGUUAUUCUGAGCUUAAGAAAAAGGAAACGAGAAAACAGUGUAUCUCUAGGGUUAACGUGAUGGUUAACGAGGAGACAGAGGAGGAAAAAGGCCUCCCCUUACGCCCGGUAAGCCACUCAUAAACUAGUGGUAACAGACGUCAAUUUGAUAAGAGAUAAACGUCACUUUGUAUUAUAAAUCCAAAUCAGGAAUCCAAUGUUCUAAAACACCAAUUCCUACCCACAGUGAUGAUCCUCCAGCAAUGGAAAUCAACAAAGAUGAGAGAUCGUCACACAGAGAGAGAUGAGAGAGAGAGAGUUUGUUACAAACUUUUACAAUUUCGAAUAAUGAAAAUAUCAAUUGUCAAGUGACUUAUAUAUUUGGUAUCUUCUUUUCUUCCGGUGACGUGUCCA